AUGAACCGAAGAAGCUCCGGAUACGAUCGUAAUAUCACUGUGUUCUCUCCUGAAGGGAGACUCUAUCAGAUUGAGUAUGCGUUUAAUGCCGUCAAAUCGUUUGGGCAGUUGAUUGUGGGAAUGAAGGGAAAGAACAUUUCUGUUGCAAUUUCACAAAAGAAGGUCACCGAUAAUUCCAUUGAUAUAUCAAGCGUCACAAGUAUCUAUAGAAUUACUGAUCACAUUGGCUGUGUGAUGACAGGUCUUCAGGCGGAUUGCAUGACAUUGGUGGAUCGUGCUAGAGAGAAGGCAGUGAACUAUAAAGCGAAGUAUGGAUAUGAGAUCCCAAUUAGCGUUUUGGCAAGACGCGUGGCAGACAAAUGUCAGCUCUAUACACAGAGAGCCGAAAUGCGUGUUAUGGGAAGUAUCAUGGUACUUUUUGGAGUGGAUGAUGAAGACGGUCCUGAGAUAUAUAGAAUUGAUCCUGCUGGAAACUGUUGGAGUUAUAAGGGCGUCGCUGCAGGUCCGAAAUCACAGGAAGCGAUAAAUUAUCUGGAGAAGAAGAUUGGAAAGGAGCCGCUGAUGGAGGAUAAUGAUGAAGUGAUCAAAACGGCGCUGCAAGUAUUUCAGAAUGUUUUGUCGACGGACGUCGCGCCUAAAGACAUUGAAGUGGGAAUUGUUCCGAAGGGUGGAGUGUACACGAUUCUGACGAACGAGGCUGUGGAUAACUACCUUACGGCAAUUAACGAAAGAGAUUGAGGUGUUU